AUGGCCGACAAUGCUUCAACGUUCAUCACGCCUGAUGGCACUGUGUACAUCGGAGACGGCGAUCAAGCCAAUUGCACCAUCUCAGUCUGUCCAGUAGAAAUGAGCGUCUACGGCUACCGCCCAUCCCUGGGUGCCAGUGGCGCCCUCAUUGGUCUCUACUCCGUUUGCAUGAUCAUCCAGAUAUUUUUUGGAUGGCGCUACAAGGCAUGGGGUUUCAUGACCGCUAUGGUGCUGGGCUGUAUCGACGAAAUUCUCGGCUAUGUCGGACGGAUCUUGAUGUGGCAGAAUCCAUGGGACAAUGACAGCUUCAUUAUGCAGAUUGUCCUCAUCACCAUUGGACCAGUUUUCUUCGCUGCCGCAAUCUAUGUCAUGCUCUAUCAAAUAGUUCACUAUAUCUCCGUCAAGCAUUCUCGCUUCACGCCCAGUCUCUUCUACUACGUCUUCAUCACCUGCGACAUCAUCAGCUUGAUCUUGCAGGCUGUUGGCGGCGCCAUGUCCUCAACCUCCAACGGUUCUUCACAAGCAGGCGUUGACAUUGCUCUUGCCGGCUUGUCCUUCCAAGUCAUCACUCUGGUCGCCUUCAUUGUCGCGACUGUCGAUUACUUCACCCGCAGCCGCCCUGUGUGGAUGAGCAUCCGUCUUCCAACACGGUUCCUCGUCUUCGUCAGCUUCCUUUCACUCGCUACCAUUCUCAUCCUCAUCCGAUGCAGCUAUCGUGUCUACGAGCUCAAUGAGGGCUACUCGCGAGACAGCGAGGCUUUGCGAGACGAGAAUUUGUUCAUCGGCCUUGAGUCAGUGAUGAUUAUUGCCGCUGCAUAUGCUUUGGUCCUUGCACACCCCGGCUUCGUGUUCAAAAAAGGUGGAGAGCAUUUGGUCGAUAACGAGAGAUUCGCACAACACUCUAACGAGCAAAAACAUGUUGAUUCUGAUUCAUCGUCGCCAGAAUCGCAGUACAGAGUGUGA